AUGACCAGAGUUUUUAAUGUUCUAAGUGCAAAUUAAAUUAUUAUUAAGAGACAAUAAAAAAUUAAUCUGAUGGAAUAUGCUUUCUAUGUUCUUCCUUAUGUCAAGUUUGUGAGAUUAGACCAAAUAAAGAAAUAAAUGUAAUUAAUCCUAAUACAAUAGAAAAUAAACCCAUAUUUUAUUAUAAGCCCAGAAAACACCAUUUACACCUUUAGAUGCCUUUAAUAAAUUCUACUUUAAUAAGUUCAAAUCGAUCCAUACUUACAAAUAGCAUAAUAUUGUUAUGAAAACAGCUGCAUCAACAGUUUAGAAUUCAAUUAUGUAUGCAUUUAUUUAAUUUAGAAUUCUAAUUGUGCUGAUAUUGAAGAGAUUCAAUCAGUUUUAACAAAUUAGUAUAAUUACCAAUAUUUUAAUCACAUUGGGCUAAAGGAAAUAUUUCUUAACGUUAAAUUAGAUGAAGAAUGCAUUUUUUUAGCUGGUUAUUACAUUCUCAGAAUAGGAUGAUGAAUUUACAAUUUAUUAUAUUUAAUUAUGAAUCUAAUUUUAAGGAGAUUUUAAUAAAAGAUAAUGAAUUGAUAUCAUUUUAAAUUAUUGCAUAAAUUUCAUCAAUUAUUGAAAAGUUAGAAAUUUAGUUUACUAUAAUAGAUUUUUCAAUAUUUGUUACAGAAUAAAAACAAUCAAUAACAUAAAUAAGCAUUUUGUUCAAUUACCUUUUUUUUUAGAAUAAUAUUAUAUCCUCUUAUUAAGAAAACCAUUUUAUAAUCAUUAACUGCUUUAAUUUAACUAUUUAAAACGUCUUUAUAACAAAUACUUUAAAUUAUCGUUUUUUAUCACUUCUCUCUGUAUCUAGGAUAAGAAUUGAAAACGUUGUUUGUGAAAAUUCAAUUCAAGAACAAAAGUGUAAAUUUCAUCUUAAUGUCUAAAUAAUUAAAUAUUUCAUUCUUAAUUUUUGUAGGUUAAUGGGUUUAUUCAUAAAAGUCUAAAUAAUAUUCAAUUGAAAAAUAUAUUUACUAUUGAUUAAUCAAUAAUUUCAAUUUAAUCAAAUCCCUUCACAAUGUUAAAUACAAAUGAGUACAUAAAUAUUAAAAAUUUUAUGGCAAAUGGAAAUAUUUUAUUAAAACAAUAAUUAGGAAAACUAUUUUCAAUAAUUGAUAUAUAAUCUGAAAAACCUUAAAUCAUUGAAAUUGAUAAUUUAAUCUUCUAGGAGAAUAUUUUUCAUUAAUAUAAUAAAGAUCCUUCUGAAACUUCCGCAAGUCUUUUUUAUGUCGAUUCAGGAUAGGGUCUUUUAAUGAUGAAAAAUAUCAUUUGUUUUAAUAAUUCUCUAAAGAAUUCUUCCUUAUCAUUUAUUUCUAUUUUUUCUAAUGAAGUAUAUUUAGAAAAUUUGUAAGUAUAAAAUCAUAAUUACCAUGAUCAGGAGUUUUGGAUUAAAUAUUACAAUAUUCAAAUUUAAGGCAAUUAUAAUUAAAAUGAAAUUGCUUAUAUUAUUUCUCAAUCAUAUAAUAUUGAAACUAUAGGAGGAGCUUUAUCAAUAAAAGUAACUAAAUUUUAAUUUAGUAAUGGUUUAUUUAAUUUUAUUAAAACAUAAGGAAGUCAAGUUUUUAACAUUGAAUUAUAAGGAGAUGGAAUUGUGAUUAUCUAAAAUUGCAGUGUUAAUCAUGCAUACAAUUCACUAAUUUCAAAUUAUGAAUAAGAUGGGGCUUUUACAAUUAAUGGAAAGAAAAGCUUGUUAGCUGUUUAUGUUAAUAAUAUUACUUUAACAGAUACAUUAAAUAAGAUAACAUCAUCAAUCUUUUCAAUAUAUCCAUCUUCUUCCUAAAAUAGUAUUGAGUUAAAAAAUAUCUUUGCUAGAGAUUGUUUCAGUCUUGAUGAUUAAAUAUAGAAUUUUAAAUCUAAUUUUCAACACAUUUUAUAAAGCAAUGUGAAAAUAGAUAAUUUUACAAUUAUUUCAACUGAGAAAGCAUUUUUAACUUUUCUUAAAUCUAUUGGAUAAAUUAAUUUAAUUGAAAGGCAAAAAAUACUGACUGAAAAUGCUCUCAUGAAUUUUGAAGGAUGUAAGUUAACAUUAAACCAAAUUAUAAUAGAAGGAAUCAUCUUAUCGCCUAUCAUCAAAAUUAUUGAUUCUAACAAUAUCAAAAUCUUAAAUACAAAGUUCAUCAAUAUUUAUACUUUUUAUCCCUUAAAUUUAGUUGAUGUCCAAUAAAUUAAUGUCGUUUCAUAAAAAAUACAUUUUUCUAAUAUUACAAUUUCAAAUUAAUUUCGCUUUCAUCUUGAUAAGUUAAGCUAGAACUAAAUUAAUAAUUAUUAUAUUCAUUGA